GUUUUGGAGAUCAUAUUCAUUGGAGAACACUGGAAGAUGGGAAGAAAGAGGCAGCAGCCAGUGGUUUGCCUCUUAUGGUUAUCAUCCACAAGUCCUGGUGUGGAGCUUGCAAAGCUUUGAAGCCAAAGUUUGCUGAAUCCAAGGAGAUCUCUGAACUUGCCCAUAAUUUUGUUAUGGUCAACCUUGAGGAUGAUGAAGAGCCAAAGGAUGAAGCCUUUAGUCCUGAUGGGGGUUACAUUCCCAGAAUCCUUUUCAUGGACCCCAGUGGAAAGGUCCAUCCAGAAAUCAUAAAUGAGAGAGGAAACCCCAGCUACAAGUAUUUCUAUACCAACGCUGAUCAAGUUGUCCAAGGGAUGAAGGAGGCCCAGGAGAAGCUGACAGGCGAUGCUUUCAAACAAAAGCACCUGGGAGAUGAACUAUAAUGAAUACACUGAAUUUACCUUUUCAUCACUUCAAAACUGAGAGGAAAUGAUUAAACAGACUAAGAAUGUAGAUGCACUGAAGGGACAUAAUUCCCCUGUCAGCAAUGUUAGGUUAAAAACCCUGUUUGGAGUUCACACACACACACACACACACACACACACACACACACACAACAGUUACAGUGUUUUCUCUGCCUGGCAGUUGGCACUGUGGUGGUUCUUUACAACUGGAUAAUGUGCAAACACAUCUCUCUGUGUGUUUGAGAAGCCACUAAUAUUUGGUGUUAAAAGGGAGGUGUGUAGGGAAGACAGAAUUUGAGGACAAUGUGAUGGGAAAAACUAGAAGUAGCCAUCAUUUUGACACUAAUCAGGGUUGAAUCUCUCUUUUCUCACUGGUAUUAUGUGAUCCCAUAGUUUUUACUGGGCAUUCCCAUCACUGGGGCAUGUUCCUGGGCCAGUUGUUUUCUAGCUAUCCAAAACCAUGAAUUCUGCCACUACACCAAGUAGAAUACAUUUCAUGAAUGUCCAAAUAGCAUGUGAAUUAUCAGCUCUGCAAAUGUAUUAUUGUGUAAAACUGUGUGAUUCAUCUUUAUUUGCCUUUGGGCAGAAAUGUAACUUUUUCCUUAUGCACUCACCUUUUGAUUGUUCCAUCAAGUGAGGGUGGGUUGUGUUGAAGCUUUAUGGGGUUUCCCCUUUUAUUCUUUGAAUGUUUUUGGCGAAUGCCUUGCCAUCACAUUGUACUGUAUUUUUGUACCAGGGUGAAAAAAUUAAACCUUUUUAAAAAUAA